AUGAGUGGCUUGAGCGGUUUGCGUGGGUGUGUGUGCGUUCUGCGCUGGCUUUUGCUGGGUGUGUGUAUGAUGUCUGAGUGUGUGUGGUGUCAGAGGGACAGUUUGGUGGCUGGACCCCCCAGCAGAAGGUGUGAGGGGGCCUGCAGUGAAACCUCAUCACCCCCAAAAGCACACCUCACGAACACCCAGGUCACUCUGUCCAGGAAAACACAGGAGAACCGCCAAAGAAACCCACAGGCAUCUGCCAUCUCAGAGCGUCUGGUGCAGCUGCAGCGUUGUAUGAAACAGUAUGAGCCAGCCACAGGCAAUCAAGGUGAUGGAUCUGACUCACUGGCAGCCAUUUUGGCUCUAAUGACUGCAGUGCUAACCGAGUGUGACCUGCACUGCCACAGUCAGAGGCUAAGAGACAUGGCCAGCAGACUAGAGGGUGCAGCUGUGGGGAGAAAUGGAGAAAAAGAUCUGCUGCUGCUGCUAAAGAGCAUCACAAUGUCUGCCUCCACAGUGACACCACAGACUCCUACAAUGGCUCCCUCUGCAGGCCUUUAUCCUCACGACUGCUACGAGAUCUUUCAUUUAGGAGUUAAAGAGAAUGGAAUUUACACCAUACAGCCAGACCCUCAACGACCAGCACUAGAGGCUGUGUGUGAUAUGGAGACUGCGGGCGGGGGGUGGACAGUUUUUCAGCACAGAUUUGACGGACAAGUUGACUUUAACCGGACAUGGAGAGAGUAUCGAGAUGGCUUUGGCUCCGCACAGAAGGAGCACUGGUUGGGGAAUGCAGUCCUUCACGCUCUCACAGCCGAAGGACAGCACACACUCCGCAUCACACUCCAAGACUGGCACCAACAGACACGACAUGCCACCUACAACAAAUUUAAAGUGGCAGGAGAGAAUCAGAGGUUCCGUCUGACUGCACAAGAAUAUCGUGGAGAUGCUGGAAACGCCCUGAGUUACAGUAAACGCUACAACCACGAUGGCAGAGCUUUCAGCACACAUGACCGGGAUCAUGAUCGCUAUGCAGCUGGAAACUGUGCUCAUUACUAUGGCGCAGGCUGGUGGUUCGAUUCCUGCCUGGCUGCCAAUCUGAAUGGGCGUUAUUACCGCGGGCGCUACAGUGGAAUCACAGAUGGCAUCUACUGGGGCACCUGGUACAUCCUCACUGACUCUCGCAGUGGAGAGAGAUAUUCAUUCAAGAGUGUGGAGAUGAAGACACGACCCAAACGGCCCUGA